GUCGCGCUUCAGCAGCCGCGGGUGAUGUCCGUGGUGACCCCGCAGCGGCAGGUAGUGGUGGUGCAGCAGCAGGCCCCUGUGCGGCCUGCCGCGGCCGCGCCGCCCGCGCCGUGCGGGGCCGUCGCGCUGGCGCCGCACAGGACGCCAGAGUGGUCCGCCGGCGCGGGCCUGCACGGGACCGGGGAGUGCCGGCCGUGCGCGUGGUUCUGGAAGCCGCAGGGCUGCGCCCACGCGCGCGAGUGCAACUAUUGCCACAUGUGCCCGGACGGCGAGCUGAAGGCCCGCAAGAGGGAGAAGGCGUCCCACAUGCGCGGCGGGCGCGCGUGA